UUCAGUCGGCCAGAAUGCUGCCUAGGUUGCUGAUUUUGACCCUGGCCGCCGCCCUGGCCCGAGCGGCGCCGCAAAAUGCAGGCGAGCUGCGGGACAUCCAGGACGCACAGGAGUUGUACAAGGGUGCGCAAGUGCUCAGGGUUGAGGCUGUGUCGGAGCACCAGAAGGAAGUUUUGAGGAAGAUGCAAGAAGAACAGAAGUUGGACACGUGGUUGAAUCCCGCAGCCGGACGAACUCACGUCGACAUCAUGGUGCCCGCACCAGCUUUGGAUGUGGUCAAGGACCAACUAAGAAACGUCAGCGCGACCUUCAGGGUCAUGAUAUCUGACGUAGAAACAGCAAUUAAGGACGAAAAUCCUAGCCUAUCCGAGGAAGAGGAGGAAGAACUUGCGGGCAGACAAGGUCAUCGUUUCACCUUGCAGAGCUACCAUAGGGUCGCCGAUAUUCACGGUUAUUUGGACUACUUGGCACAGACGUAUCCUGAUAUUUGUUCAGUCCAAACUAUUGGAUCGUCCGUUGAGGGCAGGCCGAUAAAAAUGAUCAAAAUUUCUUCUUCAAAAAGCAGAAGCGAGAGAGCAACUAAACCUGCAUUUUAUAUUGAUGGAGGUAUUCAUGCUCGGGAGUGGAUCUCGCCAGCCUCUGUGGGCUACAUCAUAAAAGAGUUGACAGAAAAUCGGGACAGCAACACUUUUGCCGACAAAGUCGACUUUUACAUCGUCCCAGUUGUGAACCCUGAUGGUUACGAGCACACGCACAACGGCGUGCGGUUGUGGCGCAAAAACAGGAAGGACGCCAGCAAGGGUAGAUGCGCCGGCACUGACCUGAACAGGAAUUUUGGCUACAAGUGGGGUGGUGCGGGAUCGAGUCACGACCCCUGUCAGGAAAUCUACGCCGGAAGCGCUCCCUUCUCUGAGCCCGAGACACAGGCCAUCAGGAAUUUUGUUUCCAACUUAGGCACCAGCGUCAGGGCUUAUGUGACGUUCCACAGUUACGGACAGUACAUUCUGUACCCAUGGGGUUAUGACAAAAAAGUUCCCCCCGAUUACGCUGAUUUGGACAGGGUGGGCAAGAAGGCAGCUCAGAAUAUGAGACAAGUUGGUGGCGCCUCUUAUACGGUUGGAAACUCUGCAAGCCUUUUGUAUGCCGCUUCAGGAGGUGCCGAUGAUUGGGCUAAGGGAGGCCCUAGGGUCAAGUACACUUACACAAUUGAGCUGAGAGACAGAGGUCGUUUUGGAUUCCUGCUGCCAGCGCAGUACAUUCAGCCAACUGGUAGAGAGGCAUUUGCAGCUAUUAAAACUAUUUCCGAGGAAAUUACAACUUCUGGCUGAUCUCAAUUUUCAUCCCUCUGAUGAACAAAUGCGAUAAAAUACAAAGUUUAGGAGAAGUUUUUUAAUGUACUGGCCACAAAUGGUUUUUAUUUAUUUAAAUAAAAAGCAAAAUGCUACAAAAAAAAAU